AUGUGGUUUGUCCCGUUUCUUUUUGGUAUUUUGGUGGCAACAAUUUUAAUAUGGACCCUUCGUUUAUUUGGCCAUAAGGAGAUUGUACAUAACUUUAUGACAUCUAUCCAAAAAUGUAAUCAGUUUGGUUUUCAGCAAAAUUCUGUGAUGUUAAACAGAACUUCUACUUUUAGGAGAAUGAUAUUAGGUCAAGGUCUUCGUCAAAAUUCUGGGAGCAUCAUUUCUACUUUAAUUGGAAUGGUAUCAAGUGCAUGUGAUCAGUUUUCAACUCCCAAUGUUGCAUUUUAUGAAAACAAAAUACCAGCAAAACCAAAUGAAGAAUACAUUGAAGAAAUUUUGAUCAAAUGGCCAGGAAACUAUACUAAAUUGCAAAAUAUUGCUACUUACAUACAAUGGCUGUUUCCAAACAGAAUGCCUGGAACGAAUAAAGAUGCUCAUGUUCUAACUGAUAAGGAAGUAACGAUAUUUCAGCAGAGCCCAGAAUUGAGAAACAGAGUGAAAAGAUCUUUCGAGAUGAUGUUGGACUUUUAUGGCCUGAAACUUACUGAAGAAAACCAGAUUCAAGUGAAAAAAGGAUCUAACAAGAGAUUAAAAGUACUUAACAAAAUGAACAAUCACAAUUUUCUCUGUAUCACAAGAAUUCUGUUGGCUCUCAAAGAACUUGGACAUUGUAAGUUAAUGCGUCCAUGGAUGAAAUGUCUGGCUGAUCUGAUUUACAACAAAAACCAACUGCAUCAUGCCAAAUUCAGUUUUGAAAGUUUUUGGAUUGAUACUUUGGAUGCAGAAGACCAACUAUAUAUUAUCAGUCUCAUAAAAAAUUAUUCUGUGUAA